AUGCCGGACGUCGAGGAGAGUGUGCCCCAGAAGGACCUUAGCGAUGCAGAGAGUGGGCCCUGUAAGCCCCAAACACCAGGACGGACCCAGGAAGGCAAGAGCGGUCCAGAGGACCACUCUCCGCAUCUGAUGGAGACAGUUUCCAACUUGAGCACUACUCGUGAGAUUGUGGCGAAUCAUGAUUUCCACACGGAAGAGGAGGUUUUACCUCCAAACAGUCUAGAAGGCAAGGUCAAGGAGACAAUGCACAGUGCCUUUUGGGACCAUCUUAAAGAGCAGCUGUCAGCUACUCCCCCUAACUUCACUUGUGCUCUUGAACUUCUGAAAGAAAUUAAAGAGAUCUUGCUAUCACUGCUAUUACCACGCCAGAUCCGCCUAAGAAGUGAGAUUGAAGAAACUCUGAACAUGGACCUCCGCAAGCAGGAAGCAGAGCACGGGACCUUGGAUGUCCCUCAUCUCUCUAAGUUCAUUCUCAACAUGAUGACUUUGCUGUGUGCACCAGUUCGAGAUGAAGCAGUGCAGAACCUAGAGAACAUUACAGACCCCGUUCAGUUACUGAGAGGGAUCUUCAAGGUUCUGGGCCUGAUGGAAAUGGACAUGGUGGUGAACUACACCAUCCAGAGCCUUCAACCCCACCUGCAGGAACACUCCAUCCAGUAUGAACGGGCUAGAUUCCAGGAACUCCUCAACACGCAGCCUAACCUCCUUGAUCACACCACCAAAUGGCUAACCCAAGCAGUAGCAGACCUCACCACACCACUUCCAACUUCCCCUGACACUCCUGACUCCUCCAGCGUGGACUGCCGGGCUCCAAACGAGGCAGUCAACAACCCGGAACCCCUUAGCUCCUCAAUGGUGCUGUCCCAGGGCUUCCUGAACCUCCUGCUCUGGGACCCUGAAAAUGAAGAGUUCCCUGAGACCUUGCUGAUGGAUAGAACCCGGCUGCAGGAGCUGGAGUCCCAGUUGCACCAGUUGACCAUCCUGGCCUCAGUCUUGCUAGUGGCCAGUAGUUUCUCUGGCAAUGUUCUAUUUGGCUCACCUCAGUUUGUGGAUAAACUGAAACGUGUCACUAAAGCCCUGACGGAGGAGUUCAACUCCAGGCCUGAGGAGGUCAUGGUGACUGUGAGUGAACAGGUAUCUCAGGAAAUCCACGAAAGCCUCAAGAACAUGGGCCUUGCUGCUUUGAGCAGUGACAACACAGCCUCUCUGAUAGGACAGCUCCAGAACAUUGCCAAGAAGGAGAACUGUGUCUGCAGUGUCAUUGAUCAGCGGAUCCGUCUAUUUCUCAAAUGCUGCUUGGUUCUUGGGGUGCAGCGGUCUCUGUCAGACCUCCCUGGAGGCCUUGCUCUCAUUGAGGUAGAGCUGGCAGAGCUGGGCCAAAAGUUUGUCAGCCUGACGCAUCACAAUCAGCAGGUGUUUGGCCCCUACUACACUGAAAUCCUAAAAACCCUCAUCCCCCUGCCCUAG